UCGUCGUCAGUUAAGUUACUCAGUUUCAUUUUUCUUUUCUUUUAGAUGUGUUAAAGAAGUUAUUGUUGACAUUUUUUGUAAUGUGCUAUUUACCAAUAAAAAAAUAAAACGUAGUAGCUUAUGUAAUUUAUAUUUGCUGGCAUUAUUCUACACAGGUAUUCCCCACAUUCGUGUUACAGACUAUAAAAAUGAUUACUUCAAACCACCAGAGAGUUGAAUCACCUUGGUUGCUACCUGGUUUCAAGACAAGAAUAUUUAUUUAUUUGUUUGUCUUCACAGUGGUAUCAAGCUUGGUUCUCUUAAGGGGCUCCAGAAUCAACCAUGUGUACAACAGCAAUGAAUGGGAUCUGCUGAUCUUCACUCAGCAAUGGCCCAACACAGUAUGUAUGGAGUGGGAAGAGACCAGUCCUACCAACCACACUUGUGCAUUGCCCAAGCAGAAGGACAUCUGGACCAUACAUGGCAUCUGGCCGACAAAACUUGGCACGAUUGGUCCAUCGUUCUGCAAUUCUUCGUUGCAUUUUAACGCCUCACAGCUUGCUCCAAUCAUGAACAACCUAACAGAGUACUGGAUAGAUGUGGAGAUCCCAGAACCAGCCAACUCUUUCUGGAGACACGAGUGGCGAAAGCAUGGGACCUGUUCAGCCUCAGUUCCUCAAUUGAGUACAGAAAUCGGUUACUUCCAGACAGGAUUGGACUUGCUUCAAAAGUUUAACAUGAAGGGAGUUCUAGGCAAAGCCAGUGUUUACCCUGACUCAGACUCGCCUACUGACCUAACCUCAAUCUGGUUGGCUAUUAAGACAACUCUCGGGGUUAACCCUUCCAUACACUGUGUCCAUGAUAAGAAAACCAAACAGUACUACCUCCAAGAAAUCAGGAUAUGCUUUGACAAGUCAAUCAACCUUGUGGACUGUGACGGUAUCAAACUUCACCACUCAUUCCACUGGCAACCCAAUGGCAACUGUCCUCUAGAUAAACCCAUCUUCUACCCUGCUACUGUACCACCUCCAUCUCGUAAACCACUGCCACCACCUCCGGCUACACCAAUGGCCAACCUCUUGAAUGUCAUCCAGUUUGUCAUGUGGUUAACAUCGUAGAUGAGUGAUGAAGCUAUACAACGUGCCUUAGUAGACAUUUAACCCCUUACAUUGUCUGUUAUCUUGCGUUUUGACAGUUUCCUGUGAAACUAUUUUAGUUGAGUAAAGUUUAAAGUUUUGUCUUUUAGAACAUUGUUGGCAUUUUCAUAUGUCUGGUUGGAUUUAAAUUCUCCGUAGAGAAGUUAGGUAUAGAGGAAACACACUUAUGUACAGGGUCUUCCUCCACCAUGAGCGUUGUGGUUAGGGGUCUCAAUUCGGGAUCCCGGGAUCUCGGCCGAUUUUUGAUACCUAGAAAUCCCGGGACUGGUGUCUUUUAAUCAAAAGAUUAACGGAUUAACGGGAUUGCAAAACCUAUGUUUAUAUUGAUUUUUUUUGUGAAUUUUAGGACUUUUACUUACGGAAAAUUAAUAAAAAUAGUCCAGUAACACUUGAAACACAUAUACUCUUUAUUUUUAGGACGAUUAUAUGAAAUGGUAUAAGUAGCCUAAUGAUAUUUUUUGAUUGGAAAAUUUAAUUAUCAUUAAACUCAAAUAGGCCUACAUUCAGGCCUAAAUAUAUGUUUCAGUUUUUAGACGAUUUGGAUUUACUUUCUGUAAUUGUUAUUACAUUAUUUAGAACCUAAUUACAGUAGGCCUUCAUGUUAUUUUGAGUUUUACUUUUGACAUUAGUAAACAAUGCAAUUCGUGUAGCAAACAUAACAUUGCAAUCGGAAAUUUAAGUAUUAUUUUCAUGGAAGCCAUAAAAUAUAACUAUAAACACACGAUUAUAAUCUCAUUAUUAAGAUCGCUUAUAUUUAGGGUGUAUAACUUUUAUCUUCGUAUUUGGUUAUUAGUGUGGUGAUUAAAUUUCUUACAAUCUAAAAUUACGUUUUUCAUACACACGCUACUACAUAAGCAUAUGGUUUAUUGUUUUACAGUAUCUUAUAUUGUUUUAUUGCUGUAAGUCAAAAAAAAAAAUUUUACGCUGCUACUCGUGAUUCUUCCUAUUUUAUUUUUUUUCUCUUAGCUAUCUUUAAUCUAUCUAUUAGCGUGAGCGUGACUUAUAGGCUACGUACGAGUGCGGUUGCUCGUGAUUUUUUUAAAUGUAUUUAUUAUACUCUAGAGUGACAUAUCAACAUUUAUACACUGUAAAUAAGAAAUACGGGCAAUGAAAGUUCCGUGUGGUAAUAUUUAUUUACUUAGAAAAUGGAAACAUUGCGCAGUGUUACACUUGUAACACUGGCCAAAGUUUGAAACAUUAAAGUACUCAACAAGGGGACUUCUCGCUCAUUUAAAAUGGCUAAAAAGUAAAAAAUCAUAAUAUUAUAUAAUCCCAGGAUUGAUCCCGGGAUCGGCUGAGACGAAUCCCGAAAUCCCGGGAUUGGAUUGAAGGCCCGGGAUUGAGACCCCUAGUUGUGGUACGAAUGUUUCCUCUGUACCUUACUUCUCUGUGAAUUCUCUUAAAAGUUCUUAAAAACACGUUCACCAUGUAUUCAUUAAAUAUUAAUUAAAUUUUUAUUUGGUAAAAUAACAAAUAUAGUAGAGUCUCAGUUAUCUGACCUAAAUUGGCCGUGUCGAGAUCGGAUAAGCAAAAAGGUCGGAUAACACAGAAAACCUAGAAAACCUGUAGUGAAGCAGGUUGAUGAACCAUGGGGUGUUUUUAGGUUAUGGUGUUAUGCAGCAUGUAAAAAUAGGAAAUUACAGUCAAGUGCAUGCACCUAAGGCCUGGUGCAUAUCUCCCGAGUACAGUAAAAGACGGCAAAGGAGCUUUCUCAACCAUUACAAUAUACAGUCAUUCCACUUGGAAAUUACCACAAUCUUACAAUACUUAAUCUUAUACAUAGAGGAGAUGGCAUAAGAGGUUAGAUAACCAAAAAUUGGAGUCUCGACUGUUGUUAAGACUUUUCCUUGACUAUUUUAUUGUUUACUACAAUUUCUACUCAUGUUUUUUAUGUAUAUUUCUAACACAAAAUCCUUUAAAAAAAAAUAAUUAAAAUAUUUGUUAUAAGCAUGUUACUUGUACUAAUAGUCUAUCUUUGUGCACGUUGAUGCUUUUGGGUGGACCGAUGCUUCUAUUUUUCUCUCGGAGAAACAAACCAUGUUUUGAGAUCAUCUCUUUUGCUAUUGAUUGUUUCUCCUUGAAAUAUUAUGUUGUAAAUAAGAUUACCAUUAUUUUAAGUUUAAUUUUAUGAUUAUGGGUUUUUUGCCUAUAUUUCAUAUUGGGUUUUGUUAAAGCUUUAAUUAAAAAAAAUAUUUUUUUAUCUAUUUACACUAUGUACUGACAUUCAACAAAACAAGUAUUUUUAAUAUGUGUGGUUGAAAAGGGCAACUAUUGUCAACAUUAUUUAAAGUAGCUCAGUAGAGAUAGAGUUCAUACAAUAUCAAAAAUCAAAAUGUGGUAGAUUUACUGUUAACAUUGGGAAUUUUCUUAUCAUUAGUUUUCUAGGAUGUAUUAUUUUGGUUAACAUUCUUAGUGCAAAACAAAACAGCAUUUGGUCAGUUACAGCAUUUGGUGUUCUGAAAUAACAAGUAGAAGUAUAAGCUAUAAUAUCUGAUAGUAACUAAAUUUUCCUUUAAUUUACUUUCCAGGGUUUUAAGGAUGGAAACUUAAUUUAAUUUAGUUUUACCAAAGCAUGAUAUUUUACUUUAUAAUAGAGUUUAUUUUUUUAUUUUUAUUUCGUUAUUGAUGAUCACGUUUGUGUUUGUGUAAAUAGAAUUUUGUGGCUGUGUUGUAAGAUGACUAACGUAUGUCAGUAAUAUAGUUUUCAUGAUAUAAUUGAAAGUUUUUACUUUAUAUUCACUGUUCCCUAUUAAUUUACUUAUUUGUUCCACUAUGUACAGUAUUGCACUAUUUAUUAUACAUGCCCUACUACAAAGCAGGUAUCACAUUGGUGUUAUUUUGUAGGUAGCUUUAUAGUUUUGAAAACCUUGUCAAAUAAAACACAUUGCCAGAGCGAAUUGCUUGACAUUUCUGCCAACAUUAUAGUAUACAGUGACUCCCUCUUAACCGAACACAUAUAUAAUACAGUUUAUCAGGCACUCAGCAGGAGUGAAAUCUCUCAAACAAAACCAUUUUUAUCAGCAAAUCGGUUUAACCGUACUAGAUUGGCAGUAAUUGGGCGGAUCUAAAAAGAAUUUUCGGAAAUAAUUGGGACCAAUGAUUUUGCGUCUAAAUUGCUCUCCCAAAUUUAAGUAAAACUUUUUUGUUAGUUUUCGAGUGGCCGAGUUGACGUCAGUUUAACCACAAAAACCAUUAUCCGGACUGGCCUUGGUCCCGAGGAGCCCGGUAAGAGGAAGUCUACUGUAACCAUGUCUAAGUUAAACCACAACUAUUUAUAGUAAUUAAAUAAUGCUUUCAUUUUUGUAGUGGCCUGUUAAAAAAAAAAACUUAUCCAACUUUAUAAAUGCUUUUAUAAACACUAUUACCAUCUUAAUAGGUUGUGAUAAAAAUAACCUCAUGGGUUUAAUGUAAUCUAUUAGGUUGUAGGAUAUACAGUGGUAUUAGGCUUAGGCAUGUAUUAUUUAAACAUUCAAAAACAUUAUUAUUUACGGUAGUGACAUGUUUAAAAUGGAGAAACUCCUUUACACUGUGUUAUUUUUGGGUUGUAAAUAUAGAGUAUAGCAACUCUAAA